AUGGAGAUAAGACUCCUGAACUAAUGGCAUGUGCGAUCAGAAUCUUAAGUCUUACAUGUUCGUCAUCUGCGUGUGAAAGAAAUUGGAGCACAUUUAAUCAGAUCCAUACGAAGAAGAGAAAUCGCUUGCUUACCAAGAAUUUGAAUAAAAUGGUUUACAUGAUGCAAAACAAAAGAUUGAAAAGUAAAUGGAUGAAGAAAGCAUCAUUGAAAGUUGAGGAAGAUCCGUUGGCGAUGGAUGAAAUUCCUUCAGAUGAUGAGUGGGUUGUUCGUGAAGCUGAUAUAAUUGUCGAGAGUGAUGAUGUUCAUGGUGAUGGUCCUGAAGUUUAUACUCAAGGUGAUACUGCUAGUGAAACAAUCACCAACCCAAGUGGCCAAGGAAAAUUCAAGGACAUCCUUCAAAAAAGCAACGCCUUGGGAAAAGAAAAGCAAUACAGCUUAUUGAUGAAGUUAAAGAAGAUGAAGAAGAUGAUAUUAUGUUUCGAGAUCCCAUUAGAGAAGAUUUUUUCAUAAAUUCCAAGGAAGAGAAUGAAGGAAAUGCAACAUCUUUUGAUCCUAAUUUCAAGCCGUUAGACACUGAUGAACUUUUUUUCAAUUCUUCAAUUUAAGCUCAUCACUUCGAGCAAUAUUAUGUCUGAUUCCAUGUUAGACUUUGUUAUGUUUACGAUGUCUUACAUUGACAAUACAUUUUUCAUGUUAUU